GCAAGUCGUCUUACUAGCAGCUACAAUUUGCAUUUGCCAUGGCCCGAGCCGAGCACACCUCGAUGAUGAAGUCGACAAACCCGAGGUGCAGAUUUGCGAUUUUGGAUAUUAUAUGCUUGAUGUGUUCUUGCUGUGAUCUUGUCGAGGCGCCCGGUGUGCAUUGUAGGUCCAUCGCGGUCUUCCUCUGGGUAUUAACUUCUUUGGUAUCUUCUCAGUCACCUUCAGUCCCCUUGAAAACCUUGUCCUCCGCGACCUUGCGAAAAUGGCGAGUGUUCCACAGAGCUGCACUGUCCUGGUGGUGGGCGGUGGGCCCGGGGGGUCCUAUGCUUCGGCAGCCCUAGCGCGAGAGGGCAUCGAUGUGGUGCUCCUGGAGUCGGAGAAGUUCCCAAGAUACCACAUUGGCGAAAGCAUGCUCCCCUCGAUGCGGCAUUUCCUCAAGUUCAUCGACGGAUAUGAAAAGUUCAAUGCUCACGGGUUCAAUAUCAAGAAAGGGGGUGCUUUCCGCCUCAACUGGGCCAGGCCAGAGUCUUAUACCGACUUUGUCGCCGCCGGCGGACCCGAGGGGUACGCCUGGAACGUGGUGCGGUCCGAGGCCGACGAGAUCAUGUUCAAACACGCGGCGUCGUGCGGCGUCAAGACGUUUGACGCGACAAAGGUGACGUCGGUCGAGUUUAGCCCCCCGAGCUCCCCCGAGGAGGAACUGGGGCGCCCAGUGUCGGCGACCUGGAGCCGCAAGGACGGCAGCUCCGGGGCCAUCUCGUUCCGCUACCUCGUGGACGCGUCGGGCCGGGCGGGCCUGCUCAGCACAAAGUACAUGAAGAACCGCCACUACAACCAGGGGCUCAAGAACGUCGCGAGCUGGGCCUACUGGAAAGGCGGCGGGACGCACGCCGUGGGCACGCACAAGGAGGGCGCGCCGUACUUUGAGGCCCUAAAGGACGCGAGCGGCUGGGUAUGGUUCAUCCCGCUGCACAACGGCACCCACUCGGUCGGCGUGGUGCAGAACCAGGACAUUGCGACAGAAAAGAAGCGCGCCAUGGCCGAGCCGUCAGCGCGCGGCCUCUACGAGCAGAGCCUCGACCUGGUGCCGGGCAUCCGGGCGCUCCUCUCCAAGGCCGAGAUGGUGUCGGACGUCAAGUCGGCGUCGGACUGGUCGUACAGCGCGUCGCGGUACGCGCUGCCCGGGGCGCGCAUCGUGGGCGACGCGGGCUCCUUCAUCGACCCCUUCUUCUCGUCGGGCGUGCACCUGGCGCUGGCGGGCGGCCUGGCGGCUGCCACGACCAUCGCGGCCGUGCUGCGCGGGGACUGCGACGAGGCGACGGCGGCGUCGUGGGCACCGCCGACGCCGACGCUCAGGGUCGCGGCCUGA